AUGCUACGCCCCGACAUCACACUCCCUACAAAAGCGUGCCACAACUGCAGGAAGCGCCGCUGGAAAUGCGAUCGGUCGCUACCGGUCUGUCACAAAUGUCUGUCCUCCAAUUCCGAAUGUCUUGGCUACGGCAAGCUGUUCGUGUGGAAUCAAGGGGUGGCCAGCCGCGGCAAGAUGAUGGGAAAGACUUAUGAAGAGCAGCAGCCCAGGUCCAGAAAAGGAAGCGCGUCCGCAAAACAUGCAAUCACGGCAGGAAAUCCAAACCCUUUGAUUCCAAUUGACUCGAAGGAGCAGCCAGAGGAUAACAUUGAUGUUGAAGAAGUGCCUAGACGAGAGCCCGAGGCAGCGGUCCACACCGCCCUGGUCGACCCUCUUUACCAAGAUCUGAGCCCAAAUUCGCGGUAUUACCUCUAUCAUUAUGUCACACAAAUAUGCAUGGACUUAGUCAUAUACGACGGUGGACCUGGGCACAAUCCAUUUCGCGAUCUCGUCCCCGCAACCAUCGCCUCACCUGCGCUGCUCCACAUCAUCCUGGCGGGCUCCGCUCAUCAUGUCUUUAACAUAUCACGGGAUCCUAUCACUCCUUCAACAUACCAGCCAGACAAGAGACCAUGUCUGGUACAAUAUUACCAAUCCGUGAGCCGAUUCGGGGGACCAAUGAAGACGUCCUACGCGGAUGCUCUGCUCGCAAAGCAGCAAGCGCUUUCGCUUAUGGCAAAAUCAGUCGCAUCGCUCACCCCAGCUAAUGCGGAUGUCAUAUUAGCUACCAUACUCAUGUUCAUCAACUAUGAUCUAAUCGAAUCCGGUCGAGACAAAUGGAGGGUUCAUGUCGAGGGUGCUCGACAGAUAAUUGAGCGCCUUGACAAGCCUCCAUAUUUGCAAAAUCCCAUGAGCAAGCUACGCCUUACUGUACUAUCAGACUUCCUUGUGUUCUUUGUGAUUGGCGCUACCUUUACUUUCUCUACUGCAAGGCUGUUAAUCCCUGAAUCCAUCGAUCUGGGGCCUAUUCUGGAAUAUGCUGAGACGAACAACUAUCUCUCGAUGCCGGGUCCAUUACUGCGCAUAAUGGUGGAAUCCUUCAAGUUGGAAGACACACGCGAGCGCACUGAGGACGAAAUCGCAGUGCACGUCCAGGACCAACUAGGUAAUCUGUUGAAAGCCGCUCUUGACUUUGACCCAGCAUCAUGGGCAUACGGUUUCGAACCCGCGACUCCCCUCGAAGACCUUGAUCAUCGCAUGCACAUAGCCGCCGCGCAUCGUGCUGCCGUUUGCAUAUACCUCGCCCGCGCUUUGCCAUACACGAACCCGCUUAUUGAUCCGGACAGCGGCUUCGCACUCGUAAGUCUCACUGGAUUAGCCGACGAAAUUCUUCAGCACGUCUCGUUCUUUAAACCUGGUGAUACGCUUUACAAAUCGAUCAGCUGGCCCUUGUUCCUUGCUGGCGCUGAAUGCGAAGGCCUCGCUCGUCGCAAGUGGAUUAUGGACAAACUGGAUGAAUUCUAUAAUCUGCUCUACUGGGGUUAUGUCCACACAGCAAAGAAGACCUUGGAAGUGAUUUGGAGUUGCAAGGACAAACAUGGCGCCACCAGUGGCUGCUGGAUCUCCGACAUCGAAGAGUUAGGAUACGAGAUCCUGAUUGCCUGA